AUGAAUCCCCCUUCUCUCAUGGUAAACAACUCGUUAGGCAUCCGCCUUGACCGCAGAUCCUUCGUUCCUGGAGAUACCAUCACAGGACACGUCUUUCGAAGUACACCCAUCAUCUGUCCCGAUGCGAGGUUAGAACUUUGGGUGCAUGGAAAUGCGGUGUCCAGAUCGGGUGCAUCUAAGGUGUCUUUUGACCUUCUCUACUUCAAACAGCACCACGCCGUAUUAUACGAUGGUCCAUUGCAUAUUACGCAUGGCAGUGGAGAGGUUCGGUGGAGUUUCAGCAUUACUCUUCCUCAUCGCGUCGACCCAAGACUCAAUAGAGGUCAUACAUAUCGCAGUUACAUAUCGUUGGACUCGAGACCUGAGCUGCCGGCGUCGUACCAACUUCAGGGCUAUAGAGAGGGAGGUGCAUUUAUUGAGUAUCAUGUUGGAGCGAGACUAUUGCUCAAGGGCCACGGUACAACGGAAGAAUUGGGCUCCAUACACCCAUUUACAAUUGAACCAUUUCGUCCAGGUCCUCAUCUGGUGGAUUUUACAGUUCAGCGAUGGCGAUAUCGUCGGAGUGUGAAAAGCCGUCUACUCAUUCCUGGGGUGGACGAUACCAAACUAUCCUUGAGGCAGUCAUUUAAGCAAUCCUUCAAUACGCCCAAGGACCCAGAAUUCAAGUUCAACUUCUAUGUAGAAGUACCCACGGUCACUCAACUUGAUAGUCCAACACCCAUACCUUUCAGGAUGCUUGUUGCUCCAGACUGGAACGAUACUAGCGAGAUCAUACGAGACGUCCCGCAAGAGGUCAAACCGCUGUCUAUUCAGUGCUGGGUAGAAACCCACACCCAAUAUAUAACCGAAAGGUCGGAUGUAAUGGAUAGGGUUAUUGAAACUGACCUUGGACUUCGCCGUGCUAACGUCCAUGGAUUCAUGAGGACUCGUAUUCCUUGUGCGACUGCGUGGCAACCUAUUGACAUGGGAGAGAUACUCGACUUUCAGAUUUGCAACCCAACUAGACUCACAUUUUACAACAAUCAACCGAGUCUUACGCAUAGCUUUUGCACGUUCAACAUCAAGGUGAAGCACAAGUUGAGGUGGGAGGUGAAGUGCUCGAUCCAGGGUGAGAGAUUUACGGCAGAGGGGAUAUCGGAUUUGCUUAUAAAGAUGCCAAGUAGAGAGCGCGUUGUCGAGAGUGGUUCACCCGAGUCGAUUGAGUCGCCGGCACUUGGGGUUCAGGAAUCUGUUCAGACAUCAGAUGAAUCGUGGGUUAGGCCUCCUGAUGAAGACGCGCCGCCGACCUUUCUAGAAGUACAGAUCGAGGAUCUACGAGCAGGGAGGAGGAGCUGGACGUAA